AUGGGGUCCAGCCGUGUGCUCCUGGCGCUGCGCCUGUGCUCGGCGGCAUGCGUCGUCAUGGUGCUGACCUCGGGCUACAUCUUAUUCCAGAGCCCCGUGUUCGUCGAGGUCACGGAGUCAUUCCCCAUACCAACCCCCAUACCGGCAGAGGGCAUCGAGAGAAACGCGCACAAAAACCUCGGCUCCGGCUCUACCAAGUACUACACGGAACCAGGAGGCAGCUACGAGCUCAUGCACUACGACACGCGGUACUUCCAGAAGGAACUGGCGGCCGACGAGCGGCGCACCGUCCUGGAGGACCUCAUCCGGAGCUACCUCAACGUCACGAACCACUACGAGAUCGAGACGUGGCUGGCCCACGGCACGCUCAUGGGCUGGUGGUGGGGAGGCCGCAUCAUGCCCUGGGAUUCCGACAUUGACGUGCAGCUCUCCUUCGAGACGCUGGAUAGCAUCGCCCCGGAGCUCAACUUCACCGAGUUCCGGUACGAGAUGCGCCACGCCGACGGCCAGCUCGUCUCCAAGUCGUACCUGCUCGACAUCAACCCCUACUACGGCGAGGCCGGCCCCAUUUUCGAUACGGGUCAAGGAUCUGAGCGGCAUGGUACGCUGGCGGAACGAGGAUUUGAGCUGCAUAGUAUGCUGGCGGAAGUACUCGGCGCAUUUCGACCAGGCGGCAUCUGCGCAUCCUUGAGGAUACGUCCACGUGAAGUUAUUGUCAUCCUCGGUGUGGAUGUCAUGAUAGUGAUCCUUCGUCUCGUUUAUCUCUCGAAGAAGGCAGUCCAGGGUCGAAAACCAGUCAGCAAGGGACGUCUUCCUCCCUUCGGAAAGUAA